AUGGAGUUGGUAAUACUGAAAGCGAGAGCCCAGCUGAAUCGUCUCGUGUCGGGAGAGCGGCGCGCGAGCGCGAGCAAGGAGCGCGAGGCGCGCGCGGGCGGCGGCGGAGGCGCGCGGGCGGCGGCGCGCGAGCGCAGCAUGGCGCCCGCCCGCCCCGCGCCCGCGACCGCCACGCCCUGGCUCAACGCCACGCUAGCGUACAACCUCUCGCGCAUCAACUCCACCUUCGAUACCGACUACGAGCUUCUUAACGCUAGUGCGACUGACGAACCCGACAACCACUGGUUCUGUGCUAAGUGGACCAGCGCUCAGCAAGAUCUAUUUCAGGCUGCAAACCUGUGCUUUGCAAUCGCAUUUCUGGCCCCGAAGAGCUUCAAGCAGAGUAUAUUGGUGCUGCGCGCGCUGGCGGCAGCGGGCGCUGUGCUAAUGGGCAUGUGGGCGGGCGCGGAGGUGUGCGCGCCCGACGUGCUCGCCUGGAGCCUCGCGCUCGUGCUCGUCAAUUCUAUACACACUUUUUUUCUAAUAAUAAGGUUUCUUCCACCGGCGUUGUCAUUAGAGCUGACUGAUUUGUACCUGAAACUAUUCAAGCCUUUGAAAGUGAAUAAGAAGCACUUUCAGGAGCUAACUCGAGAAGCGAAGGUCGUGAGACUAGAACCGGGCGAGGCGUACGCGGUCGAAGAAGUCACGCCGGCAGACGAACAGUUGUCGAUAUUGUUGAAGGGAAAGAUGCGAGUGAGCUGCGAUGAAACACAUCUUCAUUACAUACAGCCUUACCAGUUCGUCGACUCGCCUGAGUGGGAAGCGAACCGCGAACAGUCUGAUGACGUCUUCCAGGUGACGGUGGUCGCAGAGGAGGUGUCCACGUGCCUUUGCUGGUCGCGCAUGCGCCUCGAACGUGUCCUGCGUCACCGCCCUGCCCUCAAGGUCGUACUCGACUGUCUCAUAGGUAAAGACAUCACGCACAAGUUGUACUCAGUGAGCGAGGGGCUGGGGGCGGGCGUGGGCACUGAGAGCGAAGGUCAGCCGGCGCACCUCACGCGCUCCGCCAGCGUCGACGCCGUGCACGAAGGGACUCGCGGCCGUCUGCGGAGCGUAGCGUGGAGAGCGAGAUCUACUUCUACAAAGGGCAGCUCGUACUGGCAGCCCAUGGUGGCGCGGCAGUUCCUGCGGCAGUCCCCGUUCGCGCGGCUGCCGGCGCAGGCGUCGAGCGCCAGCCUGCAGCCGCGCCGCGCCGCGUCCGUGCGCCGCAGCCGCGAGGUCAAGUUCGCGGAGAGCGCGCCCGAGCCGCUCGCCGAGCCGCCGCCCUGA